AUGAAGCAUCCCUCACUCCUGGCCCCGAAAUGGGUCCCGCAGCAGCUGUGCCACCACCCUGGGGUUAAAGAACUCGUUCUUGACAACUGUAGGUCAUACGAAGGCAAAAUUGAAGGCCUUACAGAUGAGUUUGAAGAGCUGGAAUUCUUAAGUACAAUCAACGUAGGCUUAACCUCAGUUGCAAACUUACCAAAGUUAAACAAACUUAAGAAGCUCGAGCUAAGCGACAACAGAAUCUCAGGAGGACUGGAAGUGUUGGCAGAAAAGUGUCCAAACCUCACGCAUCUAAAUCUAAGCGGCAACAAAAUAAAAGAUCUCGGUACAAUAGAACCGCUGAAAAAGUUAGAAAACCUGAAGAGUCUAGAUCUUUUCAAUUGUGAGGUAACCAACUUGAACGAUUAUAGAGAAAAUGUAUUCAAGCUCCUCCCGCAACUCACAUACCUCGAUGGCUACGAUCGGGAUGACAAAGAAGCACCGGACUCUGAUGCAGAGGGCUACGUGGAGGGCUUAGACGACGAGGAGGAAGAUGAAGAUGAAGAGGAGUAUGAUGAUGAUGCUCAGGUAGUAGAAGAUGAAGAAGACGAGGAGGAAGAGGAGGAAGGAGAAGAGGAGGAUGUGAGCGGAGAAGAGGAGGAGGAUGAAGAAGGCUACAAUGAUGGUGAGGUAGAUGACGAUGAAGAUGAAGAAGAGCCCGAUGAAGAACGGGGACAGAAGAGAAAACGAGAACCUGAAGACGAAGGGGAUGAAGACGACUAAACUGAAUAACCUAUUUUGAAAAUUUCCUAUUGUGAUUUGACUGUUUUUACCCUGUAUUUCCCCUCCCCACACCCCCAACCUUUUUUUCUUUUUUUUUUUUUUUUCCUCCCCCCUGAAGGUAAUGUUGCUGUGGGAACGAGAGGGAGAAGCAGACUGGGUGGGCAAGGGAAUAAAAUACUAUUUUUACUGCCACUCCUCCUCCUAUUCAUUUUAAAUUUUUUUCUUUUUGUCCCUCUCUUAGUCCCUGUAACUGCAAUAGUAAGUAUAAACCAAGUGGUAAUUUGUUUCUUAUUAUUGGAGUGGAUAGUUUGACAUCUUUUAAAAAAAAAAAAAAAAAAAAAAAAAUUAAAAAGUUUAAGAUUAGUGGAUGAUACCCCAAAUACACAUACUCUGUUCUGAGACAGCUAAAUAGCGUUGGUUGUCGGGAUUUUUCCACCGCUGCCAGUCACUAAAUACAUUGUAAGCAUUUUUUGGGGGAUGCUGCAAAUCUAGGCGAAGCGUCCCUCCACAGCAACAGGUGUGAGAAUGGCAUAUUGAUAAAGUGAUUUCUUUGUUGCCUGUCCGUGAAUGACUGCCAUUUUCAGCCAAUGCUUUCCCUGCUUUUGUAGGUACCUUUUAUUUUGCUGUUUGUAAAUAGUGACCAAAUGUUUUUGUUGGGUUUUUUGGGGUGUUCCUUUGGAUCUGGUUUGUGGGGUGAAUUUGCAAUCCCCCCCCUUCCCUGCCCUGUGUGUUGUGUGUUUUUCUUUCUGUUUGUUUUUGGGGGGUUUUUUUGGCUAGGGUAUACCAAUACACUGAAAAUGGCAGGCAUUUAAAAUAUAUAUAAAUAUAUAUAAAAAGUGUUCCUAAUUCCUGAGUUACUAGUGAAAUGAAUUUGACAAUUGUAAUAAAAAAAUGUUUCAACCCUUUUAAAUAAGGUGUGUACUAUUUUGGUCUGUAAUAUAUAACACCUAGUCAAUUUUAAGUGAUGAGAAACUACUUCCACUUGUGCUAUAUACUUUGAAAAUUUUUACAAACCUAAAUACAGGAGGCAGUUCAGCAUGUAGGGUAGGAGGUUUCUUUUCAUACACUCAAGCACGAGAUACUAAUACAAAAUUGUAUUUUCUUACCUAGUGGAAGUCAGUAAAAUGACUGAAAAUACCUAGUGAAUGUACAGUUUUACUUUCAUAUCCCUCUUUAAAAUAGCUUUAGAAGUGACUUGUAUUUCCUAGUCAAUAUUUCAUCUGUAUAAAUACAUUUGCAACAGUUUUUUUUUCCCAGAAGAGCCAAACUUUUGAGUUUUAUGUCUGUUUGUCAUUGAUGAAUUUCAAUAAAUCUUUUUAUAC